UCGUAGCCUAUGAGGUUUAUCCGAGGCGCGAUUAUUGCUAGUUGAAAACUUUACCCAAUACCCCGCCUUGACGACUUGAAAUAUAGUCGGCAAUGGCAAUUUUUGACGGUCUCUACGGAGACUGAUACUUGGUUUAAGAAAAAUGAACAGUGAAGAAGUCGGGGUAGAAGUAUUACCAAUUGUCCGAAUUUAUCGUGGGUCUGUCGCGUGAUGUACCCGCUGAAUUCAUGUCGGUUACGGGCAGUGGUUAGAAUAGUUGUUAAGUAUUGGUAUCAAGCGAGAAUUUCAUUAUGUCGUGAUUAACAUGUAUGUUAUUAUCAGGUUUAUUUAAAGGUUUUCUAUCGGUGUGAAAAUAUGAACAUUGCCCAUUAUAACAAUAAAAAGGACAUUAAUAGAACGUUAUAUUCACCCGAUGCCUCAGUCACGUGACUGCCUUGUUAACCACGGUUCAUUUCGGGGUUUCAUUGAAACGCCCACUGGAUUCAUUUUGCCCAUGGACUGUAUGAUUUUGCCCUUCGCUAAUCAUUUUAACAUCCAGGAUUGUAAAAUAACCAAAGUAGUUAAAACCAAAGACUGUCAUCAAAUUCCGGAUUUUGAACCAUGAGUCAGGAACUUGUGUGUAUUUGAACUCUUAGCUCCGCCUACUUUGUCCUCUCAGCCAAUCAAAUCUCCUUUUCCUAUAAACCGUGGCAAAUCAUGUGCAGUAUGGGGAAAUAAUGCCCUAUACUGCAAAAUGAAUGUGUCCUAUCUAUUGGUUCCUUUUUAUCUGCAUUUACAGUACACUGCAAAAUAUAUAAGGGUAUUCCUCUUAACCAGAAGAAACUAAAAUCAAGAACUGACAGAGUUUGGUGACCACCUGAGCAGUCAGGGGCAGCAUUCGCGUUUUAUAGAAAAAGACGAAGAAGAAGAUCACCCCGCCCCUUCACGCAUACACGUUGUUUACGGAAGUCAGACCAUCAACACUUCAGCUGGAGUUGUUUAGUUGCGUUUUUAGACAACUUUUCAAUUAAAACAUUCCAUUUUAACUCAGCCAGUAUGCAUAUGUAUUUGCAACUUUAGUGUCGUCAAAAUGGUGUUGGCGUAUGGACUUUUCACGAUGUAGGAAAGUUAGUUUGAAGUAGAUUUAGUUUACAGUUUAGCUCUUCUAUAAAAAUAAACGCCAUAAUGACGAGUCCGCGCGCUGAAUUCAGCUGGACUGUGGUGGUCCUCACUUGUCAGCACAAAGACAGUGUGUACUCUUUUCAAAGAGAGCUGGAGUUGCGGCAGCAGCGUGGGUCCUUAUCUCCUGGAGCUUUAGUUUUGACGGUUCAAGAUCGUCAGGAGCCUUUAGGCAGUGGAGGAGCCACUCUCAACGCUCUGCUGGUGGCCGCUGAACAUUUGAGUAACAGGGCCGGACACACGGUGGUGACAGCAGAUGUACUGGAUGAUGCUCACAUACUCAUCCUCCACACGGGCAGAGACUUCCCCUGGAGCUCGUGCUGCAGAGCCUUCUGCUGGGUCCCGGUGGAGGAUCCAGAACAGAAAGUACAGGCUCCGGUCUGCUGCCUGGACCUGCUCCUGGACCACCUCACCCAUCAGAUCUGCCCCGGCUCUCCUCCUGGUGUGUGGGUCUGUAGCACGGACAUGAUGCUCACUCUGCCUCCAGACUUGUCUCUGUCUUGGGAGGGCUUCUUUGGUGUACGGGUUUUGGCGCUGCCUGGAGACAUCUCUUAUGCUGCUAAUCAUGGAGUCUAUCUGUCUGAUGAACAGGGUAAUGUUAGAGACAUCAUUUACAAAGGAGCAACAGAGCAGAUUCAGCAAGCUGUGACAUCUGAUGGAAAAGUGCCUAUGGUCUCUGGUCCAGUGUUCUUCAGUAGGGGAGUUUCUGAGAAGUUGCUGCAGACCCACGUGACUCCUCCCCUGGACGGAUGCACCUACCUCGGCUUGGACUCUGGAGCGCCACCACUACAGAUCUCUCUCUUCCUGGAUGUACUGAUGUGCCUGUGCUCAGACCAGACCCAGCAUCAGUUUGUGAACAAGGAGAGAACGGGCUGCAGUUCUAUCUCUGGACCACAGGGGGCGCUGGUGAGGAGCGGACGCACAGAGCUGUGGAAGAUACUGAGAGGGACUCCACUCACUUUGGUUUAUGUUGCUGGUGGACACUAUGACUACCUGACUCUGUCUGGGAAAGAUCAUAUUCAGAGGCUGAGCUCCAUCUCCACCAACAAGAACACUCUGUCUCACAUACAGACAGAGGGUCUCAUCAGUGAAGGGGCUCGUGUGAUCAACAGUGUUUUGGAGGGAGACGUUUCUGUGGACUCUGGAGCUGUCAUACAACACUGCCACCUACAGGGCACUGUACACAUCCCCACUGGUUGUUUGCUGUCUGGCCUGGAUUUGUCCACGUCAACGACAAUCAGACAUUUGGCGUUUACACGUGACAUCAUCAUCCAGGGACAUCGAAUCGUGCUGGGAGAGCUCAAGCUGAAUGUUUAUACUGUAUUUGGAGCACAUGACAAUUUAGAGAUUUCUAUUGAAGACAGCAGUACCAGAUUCCUAAACCAAAACUGGAAUGUCUUCUUCAACCGAACAGGAAUACAGCCAGAGGAGCUGUGGUGUCAUGGCGAGCGCCGCUGUUUGCUUGGAGCCCGGUUGUUCCCGGUCCUUUGCCCCACGGCAGGUGUGGCGGGCCUGGAGGGGGGCGUGGCCUGGCUCCUUGGGGGUGGAGCCAGUGGUCUUCAAAACUGGAGAGACGCCUGGAGACUGUCUCUGAGGGAAGUGAUGUCAUUGACCCAACAGGAUGCGGAGCUAUACUGGAGGGAGGAGCUACUGCACCUGUCGGGGCGGAGGAGAGUGAGGGACGCUCUGACUGGACGGAGUGACGCGUGUUUGCUGCCCUGUUUUAGAGCCGCUGUGAUGGGAGGACAGCAGGGGGCGCUGUUAGAGACUCUGGAUAACAUUGCUUGUGGCAGUGGUGCAGAGGUGAAGCUGGAGCGCGCUGGUUCAGAGUUUGGGAUCUCUGCGCGCUGCUUGUCCUGCAUGGCUGAUGUGCUGGUGGUUCUGGCUGGAGGAAAGGGGGGUCUGAGGAGCGGUCCGGCUGCAAACGAGGCCUGGAGGUCUGCGUACGGCCUGCUGGAGGAGGGGGACCUGAGCGGGGGCGUUCGAGCUUUGGCCCAGCAGAGAGAGAAGUGGCUCUGCAGGCCGGAUCUGUUGGUGCGGGCCGCUCGCCAUUAUGAAGGGGCGGGACAGGUGUUGCUUCGUCAGGCUGUGAUGUCAUCGCAGAGGUUUAUUUCUAUUGGACGAGGAACACUCCCGCCUCUCGAGGAGUGGCAAGAGGUGCACUGUCCAGCCAGACUCGAUUUGGCAGGAGGUUGGAGUGACACUCCUCCUAUCGCAUUUGAACAUGGCGGCUCUGUGACCAACGUUGCUGUGAAAGUGGACGGGCAGCGUCCUAUUGGGGCUCGAGCCCGUCGCAUCAAAGAACCUCACCUCCUAUUGGUCAGUCAUUCUGGGGGACGGGACAGUGGCGUUUCCACUGAGACGCUGUGUGAAAGUCUGGAAGAUCUGAAGGAUUACUGUCAACCCCAUGCACCAGGUGCUUUGCUUAAGGCUGUGUGUGUCUGCAGUGGGGUGGUGUCUCUGUCCUCCCAUGAUGCUUUGGGGCCACAACUGUUGCAGCUUUGGGGAGGAGGCAUGGAGCUGCACAGCUGGUCCUCUCUCCCCACUGGCUCUGGACUUGGAACCAGCAGUAUCCUGGCGGGGGCGCUGUUGGCUGCAGUUUACAGAUGCACUGGUCGGACCUAUGACACAGACUCUCUGAUCCACAACGUGCUGUACCUGGAGCAGAUCCUCACUACAGGUGGAGGUUGGCAGGACCAGGUUGGAGGUUUGGUGGGUGGGGUUAAAGUGGGCCGGUCCCAAGCACAGCUCCCCCUUCAGGUCCAAGUGCAGAGGCUCAGCCUGUCACAUGACUUCCUGGUUUCUCUGGAACAGCACCUCCUGUUGGUCUACACUGGAAAGACGCGGCUCGCUCGCAACUUACUGCAGGAUGUGGUACGGAGUUGGUACAGCCGCCUGCCUCACAUGGUGCAGAAUGCACAGCAGUUAGUGGCCAAUGCUGAAGAAUGUGCCAGAGCCUGUGUGGAGGGCUCUCUCUCUGGUCUGGGAGUGUGUCUGGGUCGCUCGUGGCAGCAGAAGAAGGUCAUGGCUCCGGGCUGUGAGCCUGCCUCUGUGCGUCUGAUGAUGGAGGCUCUGAGGCCCCUGGUGCUGGGACAGAGUCUGGCUGGAGCUGGAGGAGGGGGCUUCCUCUACGUCCUGACCAAACUGCCCCGACAGAGAGAGGAAGUCAUCCAUUUACUCAACAAUACACUGGGCCUGGGAGAUUUCAGUGUUCACUCAGUGGAACUGGACAUGGAGGGAAUCACAGUGGUGCCUUCAAUGUGACCACCAAACACUAUUCAACAAGGACUUUACUUGAUUUCUUUGAAGUAACAUAAUUAAAACAACAAACCAUCAACCUCUCAGCCAGCAGUGAUCGAUUUACAGUUGAUUGGUUUAGUUCCCCUUGUGGCUGUAUUGUUAUACAUCACACUGACUGUGAAAUCUGUAAUUGCCUUCUAAUGCAACCAAUAACUGCCACAAAUGGUUAAGCUAUUAAGGAUGAAUGAUAUGAGGGAGGAAAAAAAAAUCAACAUUUAUAUAUGGUGCUUAUAUUUUUUGUUUUUAUUCAGUUCACAGAGAAACUGUAAACAUUAACAUUUAAAAGAAGAGCCUCCUCCAUCAACCCAAAACAAUUUCUAGGUGCAAUCACUCCAGGGCAGCUGUGGCUACAGAAGUACACUACCACCAGGUGUGUAAUGUGUGUGUAAUGAAAGCAUAAAAAUGUAACACCACAGUUAGACUUCCAUGUUGCUUGUGUUUGUACUUGUUCUUUACCUAUCACAUCAGAUUUGCUAAUUGUUUGGUCCUUUUUCCAUACAAAUAUUGGAAAAGUAACAUGAAAUCAGUCCAACAGGAAAAGCUCCUUAUAUGUCCAAAAUUGAGCGAAUUGUCCUUAUUUCCCGGCGACCGCAGACAGCUGGUCCCGGAUUCGCCCGAGCCCGUCCAACAUCGUCUCCAGAGACUCUCGACUGAGCUCCACUGUCACUGUGGAGACCGCCUCAUCACCAUGGCAACAUGAGUCCUCCAUCUGAUAAAUACAAAUAAGAGUGUGCUGAAGUACCACUUAAAGACAUAAAUAACAUGUAGAUUAUGAUUUCAUAUUUUGUUUAUUAAAAACUGCAAUACUGAUUUAAAAAGAUGUACUGCAGCUGUUUACAUCA